AUGAACAUUUUCUCUAAACUUGCAGCAAUCGCAAUUGAUAAUAAGGUAAAUUCAUCAACUGUUGAACGUGUACUUAAGAGAUCAGCAUCUAUUGAGCUUGGAAGUGAGGCAAAAAAGACGAUGGUAGAGUAUUCCUCGCAUGAAAAACAAGCCACAAAUAUUGUUUCGAAAGCUACCGAUGAACCUAAGUUCAUUAGUGCACGUAUGAUGAUUGGUAGUACACCUACAAAUGCUGAAACAAUACUUGAAAUAUCAGAUGAAGAAUUAUUAGCAAUGGCUUUAGAAUUUGAGAAGAAACAUCCGCAAUAA